AUGAGUUCUGACAAGAUGCUGAUCUUAACCAAUGUUUUUUAUGUCCCUGAUAUCAAGAAGAAUCUUGUAUCUGCCAAUUUGUUAUGUAAGAGUAGUGUAAAAGUUGUACUUGAAUUGAACAAGUUAAACUUGUCCAAGAAUGGGAUAUUUGUAGGAAAUGGAUAUGCUACUGAUGUAUUUUCUGCUUUAGUCUUACAAGUGUCAUACACGUUUGUGGGUUAUGGUGUCUACAUGACUCCCAUGUACAAUAGCAAUCAUGCAACGUAUGGUGAGGUUGGAGAUAAGUAUUAUGGAAUGACGGCAAACAUGAACCUAUGGAACCCCUAUACCCAGGAAAGAAAUGAAUUUAGCUUAUCUCAAUUCUGGUUGAUAAAUGGUGAAUAUGGUCACGAUCUUGAUUCCAUUGAAGCCGACGCGAUGGUUUACGAAAGUCUAUAUCAAGAUAAAAACACUAGACUUUUCAUAUCUUGGACUGAUGAUGCAUAUCAAAGUACAGGUUGCUACAAUCUGUUGCGCCCUGGCUUUGUUCAAGUUGACAAACAGAUUGCGAUGGGUGCAACUGUCACCCCUUAUUCCAAGUAUGAUGGUAAGCAAUAUGCACUCAAGUUCUAUGUUUGGAAGGACGUUAAUGGAGGGGGAGACUGGUGGAUGAAUAUUAACCACAGAGUCUUUGGAUAUUGGCCAUCUUCCAUAUUCUCGAUCCUGUCUGAUAGUGCUUUAAGAGUUAGAUGGGGAGGAGAGGUCAUAAAUUAUAAUUCAAGGGGGCAGCACACCACAACACAAAUGGGCAAUGGCCAUUUCGCAGAAGAAGGGCCCGGCAAGGCUAGUUUCUUCAAACAUCUCAAUGUCAUUGAUGGUAAACAAAUUCAAAGGGCUCCCCGGGACCCUACAACAUUCAUGACGAAACCCAAUUGCUAUAAUAUCAUAGAUUAUGGAGGCUUCUUUUAUUUUGGCGGUCUGGGUAGAAACCCCAAUUGUCCAUGA